AUUUCACUUUUCUUCGUCCCUUUUAAGCCCUGUUUUAACUCCCAACAAUUCCCAUUUGAACAUCAUGCCGCGCGUCAAUUUACACAAACUAAUGAAUAAAAAAAAAAACACAACUUUUGAUUUUUUUAGCAAUUCCCUUCUUCUUCUUCCCCCCCUCCACACCCUUUCGUCUUCCCAACUACCCUGUCUCGUUCAAAAGGCAUAAAGAAUUCUAGAACUCCUCUCCCUUAUAUAUCUCGAAGAACACAGGAGAGAGAUAUAGCGAAGAAACGAAGAACAAAUGGCGUUAUGGCAACUCGUAGCAACGUCGACCCCUUUCCUGCUAUGUGCCAUCGCUCUGCUCAUCCUCCUCCAGCAGCUCUCCUACCUCAAAAAGAAAGGCCCUCUCCCAGGCCCCACCCUCAUCGUCCCCUUCCUCGGCAGCGCCAUCUCUAUGAUCUCAAACCCCACCCGUUUCUGGGACCGCCAAGCCUCCAUGGCCAAAUCCUCCGGCCUCGGCUUCUCCGCUAAUUUACUCGUCGGCCGCUUCAUCAUAUUCAUCAGCUCCACCGAAAUCUCCCACAAAAUCUUCUCCAACGUCCGCCCUGAAGCCUUUCAUCUCAUCGGCCACCCUUUCGGUAAAAAACUCUUCGGCGACCACAACAUGAUUUACCUCUUCGAUCAACAACACAAAGACCUUCGCCGCAGCAUCGCUCCCAAUUUCACACCUCGUGCACUCUCCACUUACCUCGUGAUACAACAAAAAGUCAUCUUGCGCCAUUUCCAGAAAUGGAUCGACCUUGCUUUGACACAGAAUGCCAUCCCUCUUCGUCUUCUCUGCCGCGACCUCAACUUGGAAACUUCCCAGACCGUCUUCGUUGGUCCUCAUCUCUCCCCUCUCGCACGCGAAAGGUUCGAUUUUGAUUACAAUCUGUUCAACCUCGGCCUCAUGGCUCUACCCUUCGAUCUCCCAGGUUUCGCUUUUCGGCGAGCUCGGCUCGCCGUCGACCGCCUCGUGAAUACGCUCUCUGGUUGCGUGGCUCUGAGCAAGGACCGAAUGCGCGCCGGCGAGGAACCCCUUUGCUUGGUUGAUUUCUGGAUGCAGGAGACAAUCCGAGAUUCCCCUGAAAAAGACGAUCGUGAGAUUGGAGGCCACCUGUUCGAUUUUUUGUUUGCAGCGCAGGACGCCUCCACUUCUUCUCUCCUAUGGGCAAUUACGUUUCUUGAAUCGCACCCUGAAGUCCUCGCUCGCGUGCGCAAGGAGGUGGCUUCACUGUGGUUGCCGGACUCCGGCGAACUCAUCUCCCCCAAGCACGUGAAGGAGAUGACGUACACUGAAGCAGUAGCCCGUGAGGUGAUUCGCAUCCGUCCUCCGGCGACCAUGGUGCCCCACAUCGCCGGCGAGGACUUCCCUCUGACGGACUGGUACACGGUCCCCAAAGGCGCCAUCGUGUUCCCAUCCGCUUACGAGUCCUCAUUCCAGGGGUUUACUGAACCGGAACGGUUCGAUCCGGACCGGUUUUUAGAAGACCGGCAUGAGGACCGAAUUUACAAGCGAAAUUUUUUAGCAUUCGGGGCUGGGCCCCACCAGUGCGUUGGCCAGCGCUAUGCUUUCAAUCACCUGAUCAUCUUUAUCGCUCUCUUUGUCUCUAUUUUCGAUUUUCGGAGAAGCCGGACGGACGGCUGUGAUGACAUCUCGUAUGUCCCCACGAUCGUCCCCAAGGAUGAUUGCGCGGUGCAUUUAUCACAGCGCUGCUCUAGAUUCCCUCCCUUUUAAUUCGAAUUCAGUGGGCUUCGGAAAGCCAAACUAGGCUGUUGUGGGGCCGAAGGGGUCGUGAAGGCGACACGUGGAAAGAACUGUAUUUUUUUUAUUAUUUUAAAUGUUUUUUUUGUCCAGAUUAAUAAUAUGUGUAUG